GAGGCGCCGCGAGGCCGGCCGAGUCCGCCAAGAUGCUGGACCACUGGCACAGCAAUGAAAAGCUUCGGUUCCACGACAACCGGAGCCUAUGCCUCGGGUAUAGCGAGCGCGCCAUGGCUCUCCUCGACGACUUUGCCACGCUCGAGAUAACGAUUCUGCGGGCGAGGGGGUUGCAGGCACUUAGCAUGUCGAACUCGCUCGUCCCUCCCAGCAUGCCGUAUGUUUCCGUGCUCCUGGACGACGCGGAGGUCUUCCAGACGCAGCCCACCUCGAGGCCCGCAAGCCGGAGCCCCAGGUGGUCGCACGAGGGGUCAGUGCCCUUCUUGUCGCCGCUGUCGAUGGUGAGGCUCCAGGUCAAGGACCGCGACAGCAUCAGUCACGAGGAGAACAUCGGCUUUGUCGAGUUCUGCCUUGCCGAUCUUCCGUGGGACACCAGCGUGGAGUGCUGGCUGGAGCUGAGGCUCCAGGACAAGUUCGAGAACACGAGCUGGCUGAGGUACGCCGACCAUAAGAGCAUUGCCGACGGCCAGGCGGGCAGCACGGGCGCCAGGAGGCGUCAGGGCGGCCUGCUCGCGUGCGCGGUCUUCAAGAGGGAGCCCGUGAAGGACGACACGAACACCGCUGGGGAGAUCUUCGUGCGGCUGACGCUGAGGCUGCGCCGGGGCUGCUCGCGGUUGGACAGGUUGCUGGCCCUGGCACUGGAUUGCCCCUACCCGGAAGACCACGGGAGGAGCCUGCACCGCUCCCACACCCUGCCUGGCUACAAGAUCCACAUCGGCGACCACCUGACCGAUCUCAAAUUCAACGUGGUUGAGAACGCGGUGUUCUCUGUCUUUUACGCCAUCCAGUACGUCCUGCAAUGGCGGUCAUGCCCGCUGUCCACACUGCUUCUGGCCGUCAUCGUUGCCAUGUGGUACAAUUUGUCUUAUGCUUGGGUGCUCAUCCCUGGCACGCUUGCGGUGAUGAUCGCCCUCUUCGCGUGCGAGCCGCUGCGGCUCGACAUGACUACCGGCGGUUUCAACGCGCCGUUGUCGCAGCGGGGCUUCGAGCGCGUUGCGCUGUGGCGGCAUACGCCGUCCAUGGCGCGUUUCCUGCGGCGGCUGGUGGAGGAGGACUUGCAGGGCAAGGUAACGGACGAGAAGAAGUUCUGCGCGUGCGCCGCGCACUGCUUCUCUGGGGGUCGGCCCCGGGUCUCCUUCGCCGAGCUGCGGGGCUUCCUGACGUCGGCGGACUUCACGUCGCACUGCCAGGAGGAGCUGGGCGCCGAAGCCCGGGUGCUCGCCUGCGGGCGGCAUGCUGUCGUCAAGAAGGUCGAGGCUGGCCGAUAUGUCGUGGAGUAUGAGGACGACAGGGGGCGCAACUGCGCCGUAGCCCGCCAUAACGUAGUCAAGAGGCAAAGGCUGCCCGACAUCCCAGAGUGGGCGCUGGGCACAAGCCUGGGCGUUCAGGUUCGAACACUUCAGUCCGUAACCGGGCAGCUCAAUCAGGCCUUGGGCAGAGUCGUCAGGGCCUUCUCAAGCGUAUUCGCCUGGAGGAGGCCUGCGCUGUCCGUGUUGACUCUGCUGAUUCUGCUCGCCGCGUCCGUGGGUAACGCCUUCUUCUUCUGGAACGAGGACGGCACUGGCUGCGGGCAGAAACCCCCAUGCUUCCCGCUCAUGCGGCAGGCGGCAGACCUUGCGCGCCAGGGGCGAGAGUGGCUCGAGUUGGCGAUAUGUGUCUUCGUCAUGAUAUUCCAGGCCUUGUGGUUCUCCGCUGUGCGGAACGCCCUGAAGAUCUGCGCGCGGCUGCUGUGCGUGCGCAGGAGCGCGCCGCAGUGCUGGGCCUUCGCCCGGUCGGACUCGGAAGAGCCCAAAGGCAGCGCUCAGCCCCUGACGGCAGCGUGA